CUGCCAUCUAGCUCAUUCCUUUUCCAAAAAAGCCCUAACGAGAUUCCACAAUGUUCCGAGUUAUGAUCAUCACUUCCACAACCAUCCUCCUGCUGCUGCUGCUGGCACGACCACUUCCGGCGACGGACUCCUCCUCCUUCGAUGCCGUGUACAUAGUGUACACGGGUGCUGCAAACCCGGCCAACUUCGCUGUCAAGGAAACCGUUCUCAACUCUCUACUCGAGAGCCGGCGGCGGUGGAAGCAAGAGAUGGAGGUUCUCAUGACUUAUAGCCACGGGUUGUCGGGCUUCGCAGCCCGUCUCUCGCCGGAGGAGGCAGCUUCUGUUUAUUGGGCCAUCCAUCCCCGGUUCCAGCCCACGAGGAGAAGGACGCAGCCCACGUCAACAGUGCAGCCUUGGUCCACGUUAGCCAUGCAGGCCAUGUUGCUGUUAGGAACGUGGAGAAUACUACUCCUAAUACUCCUUGUGUAUGGAAUCAUAAUUGUACCCUAGAUGCUACUGAUGAUGG